AUGGCAUGGCUGAGAAACCAGACGUCAGGCAGUGAUUUCAUCCUCCUGGAUCUGUUCCAUAGCAACCAAGUGCCCUGGGUCCUCUUCACACUCACCCUGCUUGAUUUCCUGGUGGCCCUGUUUGGCAACACCAUAAUAAUCAUCCUCAUCUGGGCUGACCCUCUUCUCCACACCCCCAUGUACUUUCUGCUCAGCCAACUGUCCCUCUUGGAUGUCCUCUGUAUCUCCGCAUUAGUAACCAAAAUGGCGGUGGACUUUCUGUCUGGGGAUCACCGCAUCUCCUUUGUUGGGUGUGGCUUCCAGAUGUUCCUCUUCUAUUUCCUUGCUGGCUCAGAGUGCCUGCUGCUGGCAGUCAUGGCUUAUGACCGCUACGUGGCCAUUUGCCAGCAUCUGCACUAUCCCAUCCUCAUGCGCCCCAAGGUCUGUGUGCUCCUCUUGCUUGUGACCUGGCUGGGUGCUCUGAUCAACGCCUUGAUGCAAGUGGCCUAUAGUCUGUCACUUCCUUACUGUGCCUCCAGGGAAAUCCAUCAUUUCUUCUGUGAGAUGCCAGCGCUCCUGAAGGUGGCCAGUGCUGACACUUCCCAAUAUGAAAAGGGUGCUUAUGUCACUGCUGUGAUUUUUCACAUCCCUCCCAUAUCUGCGAUUGUGGGCUCCUAUGGAAGGAUACUGUCCACUGUUCUGGGCAUGGGAUCAGGCCAGGGACUCAGGAAAACUUUGUCUACUUGCUCUUCUCACAUGACUGUGGUGUUGCUCUUCUAUGGGGCUGCCACUGCCAAGUAUAUUGUGCCAAAGUCCUAUCGCUCCCCCGAGCAGAAAGAAGUGGUCUCUGUGUUCUACACCAUCAUAACACCCAUGCUCAACCCCCUCACCUACAGCCUGCGGAACAAAGACGUGACUAGAGCUUUUAGGAAGGUUUUCAGAGUAUGA